AUGGGAUCACGAGCUAAUUUAUUAUCAGGUGCUGCUCCAUUUGCUGGUACAGGAUCUUUAGAGCCAGAUGUAGAAACUGCUCAAGAAACAAAUGCAAGGGGUAACAUGACACCUCAAAAUGUACAAACCCAGUCUAAUACUCCAAAUCCUAGCAUUUGGGAACAAUCCAGUCAUCCUGUAGCCUUAGCAUUUCAUUUAUUAUUCCGUACAGGAGCUUUAAUUGUAUACUUAUUUGGUUCCCUUUUUUCUGAUAAUUUUCCUUUAAUUUUCAUCAUUUGUGUCCUAUUAUUAUCAUUUGAUUUUUGGACUGUUAAAAAUGUGACCGGUAGAUUACUAGUAGGAUUAAGGUGGUGGAAUGAUAUUCAACAAGAUGGAACAAAUGUUUGGAUGUUUGAAAGUAGAGAUCCUUCAAGACCUGUGAAUCCUGUUGAUUCACGUAUAUUUUGGAUUUCACUUUACGUUACAAUAGUUUUAUGGUUAAUUUUAGCUUUCUUUAAUUUAUUCAGUCCAGAAUGGCUUUUAAUUAUAAUCGUUGCCAUAGCCUUAAACGCUGCUAAUGUUAUUGGUUACACUCAGUGUGAUAAAGAUGCAAAGAAAAAAUGGGCGACAGGUUUUGCGGCUAGAGCGGCUACAUCAAGUCCAAGUAUGGUUGGAAGAUUGUUUUCAGCUGGAAUUGGUAGAUUUUUUUAA